AUGAGUAGAAACACGCGAUAUAAUAAGAAAUUGACAAAAAUUACCAACAUUAAUGAGGAUUGUUCUGAGGUGUCCUACGCAGAAGAUCAAUAUGAAUUAGGUGAAAGUGAUGAUUACAGUAAAGAUUCUGAAUCCACUGAAACUGCAGAAAUGGAAGGAUCUUCGGAUAGUGAAGAAGAAAACCUCUUCAAUAUACGUCGUAACAAGAAAAGGAGGCGGAUUAUUUCUAGUUCUGACACCGAGGAUGAGAGGACGAGUAUUCCAAGUACAUCCAGAGAUGUAAUGGAAGAAAUUGAAAUUGCAGUUGACGGGACACGUGCUUUUGAAUUGAUAAUUGACGCUCACAUUAUGAAACAUAUAAAAGACUGCACCGAAACCGAGGCACGUCGAGUUUUGAAGGUCGACUGGAGAAUUACAGUUUCCGAAUUACGUAGUUUUCUAGCAAUACUAUAUGCCCGGGGCGCGAACGAAGUAAGAGCAUUGAAAGUAUCUUAUCUAUGGUCCAAAAAAUGGGGACCUUCUUUUUUCCGAGAUACAAUGACCAGAGAUAGAUUUAUGCAAAUUCUAAGAUUUAUACGAUUUGAUAAAAGAAUCGAACGAUCCGAAAGGUUACAAACCGAUAAAUUUGCACUCAUCUCUGAAGUAUGA